AUGGCCGACCUCCUUCAGAAUAUCCCCAUCCCGACCCUGGACCGUCCUUUUGGCGUCCACCUGUGGCCCCUGUUCGAUCAGGCCUUCAACAUGGUCAUGGGUUACCCCGCCAGCGAGUUCAAGUUCGCUGAGGGCGUCACUCCUCUCUCCACCUUCAAGGAGACCGCCACUCUUCUGGUUACCUACUACGUCGUUAUCUUCGGUGGCCGUGAGGUCAUGAAGAAGUUGCCCGCUUUCAAGCUUAACACUCUCUUCAUGAUUCACAACUUCCUUCUCACCGCUGUCAGCGCCAUCCUUCUGGCUCUGUUCGUUGAGCAGCUUCUGCCUACCCUGGUGCGCAACGGCGUCUUCUACACCAUUUGCGACCACAACGGUGGAUGGACUCAGCCCCUCAUCAUUCUGUACUACCUCAACUACAUCAACAAAUACGUCGAACUCCUGGACACCGUCUUCCUGGUCCUCAAGAAGAAGCCCCUGACCUUCCUUCACACCUACCACCACGGCGCCACUGCUCUCCUCUGCUACACCCAGCUGAUCGGUCUCACUGCUGUGCAAUGGGUGCCCAUCACCAUCAACCUGCUUGUCCACGUUGUCAUGUACUGGUACUACUUCCAGAGCGCCCGUGGCGUCCGUAUCUGGUGGAAGAAGUACAUCACCAUGCUGCAGAUUGUGCAGUUCGUCAUUGAUCUGGGCUUCAUCUACUUCGCUUCCUACACCUACUUCUCCUCCUCCUACUUCCCCUGGGCCCCCAACAUGGGCCAGUGUGCCGGUGAGGAGUUCGCUGCCUUCGCUGGUAUCGGCAUCAUCACCUCCUAUCUGCUCCUGUUCAUCUCCUUCUACAUCGCCACCUACAAGAAGGAGGUCAAGGUCGGCCGCCCCCGCAGCAACACCGGCAAGAAGUCCCUGAUCGACAUGCGCAACUUCGAGAUCCCCUCCCCCGCCGGUGCCCAGGCCAACGGCAGCCCCAAUACCCCCAACGGCGCUGCCUCGACCGGCCGCUCCAACGGCCCCGUCACCCGUUCCCGCAAGGCUUAA